UAAAGCAAAUCAGCAAUAUGCUUCUGCAUAACACGUGAUUUAAUCCUCUAAGUAUUGAAUAUUUAUAUAUAGUCAAUGGCGCGGUAUAUUUAUGAUCUUUGUUAUUGUGAAGUUGAGGGUCAGUGUUUAUUUGUUGCUUUGAAUUGUAUUCAAAGCUUCAAAUUUUCGAUAAUGACUUCACGAAAGCGUUGCUACAAUGGAUUAAAACAUGCCAAACAACAUAUGAUAUUAUUUUUCAUUUUAUUCGGCGUACUUUGUGGAUAUUUGGUGCUUUAUUACAUGGCAAUGUUCAGUCGUCCAUAGAUCCAACACCGAAGGAAUAUGCAAUGUACGUUUCGUUUCUUGGUGAGAUUUGGGUGAGAGCAUUAAGACUUUUUGUUCUUCCUUUGAUUGUAUCCAGCCUGCUUUUGGCAGUCGCUGAAUUGGAGUCAAAACAGAGCGGAAAAUUAGGAAGAAGAACAUUGCUGUAUUAUCUUAUGACUACAAUGUUUGGGGAGUGAUUUGUUUAUUUGCAUUUAACCUGGAAAUGUUAACGUGAAAGAACCAGAACCGAACGAAGCAAAAGUAGAACCAAUACAUUCUGUGAUUGAUCUUAUAAGAUAAAUCCCAUUUCACCACCAACCUAUGUUGUCAUGACAACAACAAUGAAUCAAGAAGAAGGUUUGAAAGCUUUGGAAACAUCUAUCAAAGCCAUUGAAGAAAUCAUUAUGAACAAGAAAGGAACAUUUGUAUUACAACAAGCUGGAUCACCGGAAAUCUUCGGCUCGUGGUCGACGGUAAUUAUCGGAAUUAGCGGGAAACACUACGUCAGAGGUCUGGUACCGACACAGAGACGCGAUUUUUGUCAUUUCUUUCUGGAUAGUACGCCGUCCAUCGAAGCUCCUCAGUUCGUAGUUAUAUAAAAAUUGUCAAAUACCAGCUGUUAUUCUUCUGUAAAAAAUGGCUCCUUGUUUAUCAAAAUCAAUAAUGAGAGACGUCUACUGCACUACGCUCCAAAAAAGAACUGAGCGAAGUCCUUUCGCUAGAACUGAUAUGUACGAUAUUGUGAGCUGGCUUCACAUGUCGAAUGAGUUGGUUGAAAAAGAGAUCAUGAAAAGUGAAGGAGAAAAUGCACUCUCGUUUAUUCUGUCUCACCUUGAUGAUCAAUCAAUGACAGUUUUACUUGGAACCUACAUUAAGAAAUUUUUUAAGUGUACUAUAUUUACGAAUGACGCCUUUCCUCUUUUUCCGUACAAUGAAGACUGCCAAAACCAUUGGUUUACGCAGAAUUUUUCACGUCGUAAUGAUGCAGGGCACCAAACUAAUCAAGAAGUAAAGAUUUUUAAUGCAAGUAACAAAGAUGAAGCAAUUAGAGGUAUCAUCGAGGUUGAAAGAUUGGAGAAAGACGAAGACGGGAAUACUGAGUUAUAUUUCCAUGGCACUGAUCAUUCGUCUGCUCAGAAUAUUCUUGAGAAUGGUAUUGAAUUAAGUAAAGGUCGUGAAAAGUGUGACUUGUCGCAUAAUUAUGGUUUCUACAUGGCAAAUGAUUAUGAAUACUCAUUAACGCAAUAUUCUUAUAUAAAAACAGAAGCAGCCCUUCUCAUUUUUUGUUUAUGCCCAAAUAAUUUGAAAGGUUUCCGAGAAUUGUAUUUAUGUGAUAAGCGCAAUAAACAAGACUUUAGUACAGUUACUCAAUACUUUAGGGCUGGAAAAAUAGACUGUAAAGGUUCCAUGAGCGACAAACUAUUUUCGGAAUUAGAGAAGUGCAAUUUUAUCAAAAGUCCAAUAACAAGUGAUGGUCGUUCAGCAGGUGACCAAAGGGAAGAUAUUCGGCAGGUUUGUGUGAAGAAACACAAAAUGGCUGAGACAAUGAGCGGUUCCCCAUUUUUGGUGGGUGCAGUCUUUAUAAAGCCUGACUCUAACAAAAUUAGCAGUAGGAGACGCAAGAAAGCAGCAAAGUGAAAUGAGUUCAGUAAUAAACAGUUUGAAAUUGCACGGAGUUAUCUUAUCCAUAAAAACAAUCGUAUCACACUUUAUAACGUAACUCGUAGGACAUAUUGAUUUUGUAUAUAGUCAUUAUUUACCAUUGCAAAAGCUGAAUUGUAAAAAUAUUGAUUUAAACAAUUUUGAAACAAUUAUUGGAUGACUUUGAGCAUGAUACGAAAAAUUAUUCAGACCAAGCUCCUUUAACGAGGUCUGAAUGAUCUUUAUAUUAUGCAAACGUGUAAAAACUAAAACACAGAGCAAAAUCCAGAGCAAGCUGCAAGUUUGCACAUUUCCAGUUUGUUUUAGCAAUUUUCACACGAACAAUUACGUCGCCUACAAAUAAUUUUCAAUGUUAUGUUAUUAGCAAAAUUUGGAGAAUUACCUGUUGCCUCUUAGCCUAUCACAAUCGAUGUUCCAUCAACAUUGUAUAAUAAUGUAAAUCAGGAGUAAAAUAAAAUAGAUUUGAUUUUGUGGAA